AUGUUGACUUUAUUGGUACUUACUUCGGUGCUGUGCAUUCUACCCAUCGGAGUUUCAGGAAGAAACGAGAAGUCGGCUCUUAUUCGUCUCACCUCUAGUGAGCCGACAGAUGAUGAAGGUCAAGAAAACUACAAACAUGUUAGUGCCGCACAAACCUACCAAGAAGGGUCGACUGGGCGGACAUCCUCGAUCAACUAUACUUUAACUUGGCCUGCUACUAAGUCUAUUCAACCCAAUCCUACUUCCCAAGGGAUGAAUGUCACUUCGAUAAUUCCCGUGUUCGAGACGUGUAACUUGCCAGGUGCCAGGACUACAUCAUGUUCGCCUUCUUUUCAGACUGUCAUCACGACUAAAUGUUCAACUAUCUUGACAGGAUACUUUACUAAGCAUACUGUCUCCGAGUGUGAUGAGAUUGUCACCUUCUCUACACAGUACGGCUAUGCUUUAGCUACCACAACACCUCCAGCGAGCAGCAGCGUCUCAGCUCUUCACAAGCGCGGGAAAAUUUCGUCAUUGACAAAUAACUAUGUUCAUAAUAUCACAACAUAUUAUGCCGCUCCAUGGCGGUCAAUUGCAGCAGGUGAUCCAUCAGAUAUACACGUUCAAAUAUGCGGACUGUCAUCCGACGGCGUUCAGAUGUGCACAACUGUCACUGAAAUCUGGGUCAUUCAUACGGAAUAUUUACCGAUUCAUUAUACCAAAGCCAUCUCAGUUUCUACUGUAGUAUCUUCAACCGCCGUGUUAGCAUUUGCUCCCAAUAUAUACAUAACUAUCACGCCCGGGAUUUUCGAACUUUCAACCAAGAUGGUAUCUACAAGUUUAUCGACAAUGAACAUAACCUCGACUUCUAGAAUCGACAAGUUGAGUUCGGAAUCAUCAGGCUCUGCAUCUAGCACUCAAGAUUCGACGACAACAAUUUAUGUCACUGGUCCGGGUAGCACCACGACGAUAAAUUUGGGGAUGGCAUUGUCUCUCGCCUCAAUUCAGGAGCCGGCAACUCGCACAACCACAAUCACGAGUACGACAAGGAUAACGAAAACCACGACUUUCACGCCUGUAAGUCUAACCAUGUAGUAAAUCUUCAUGAGAUUUACCAACAAUCAUUCAUAGCGUCGUACCGUUUUCCCAACUAUUUAAAUGUUUAGCUGGUUUCGGAGUUGGUUUUAGUUUGAGAGUCUACCAAUGGGUGCAUGGA